AACAACCAGCUAAUACCGAACGUGUAAAAAUCUACUUGAAAGCAAAUAAAUUGCAUUUUUUUUACACUUUUUUUUAAGAUAUCCAAUUUUUUUUCUACUGUGUGUGAGUAAAAGACGAAUCGCAAGGAAGAUGGAAAAAAAGUGCGGCAAAUGGAGAGAUUAAAACCGAGGGAUAAAGAUACAUAAAUCCAUGGGACUGCGUGCGUGUGCUUAACCUUGACAUAUCAAACAAAAACAACAAAAUUAGAGCAGAGUGUAAAAACAAAAUAAAAAAUUAAAUCUACUGUGUCUGCAGUGCGGAUUCUGCAAUAUUUAGCAUCGCUGAAAUUCCGCUGACAUGCCAUUCAAUUCGGCAGCAAAUCGAACAAGCGAUAGACAACACAAUUUUAGCUAGCAAAAAUAACCAAAGAAAUAAAUACAUAUAUAAAUAAAAAUAUAUAAAUAAAAUUGAAGCAAAAAAAUGCAAAUGAAACCAAUAAGCACUUAAAAAAUAUCAUUAAACAAGUGGCCGCCAAAGAGAAAGUAGUGCGAGAAGAAAGAAGCAGGGACAGCAGCUAACCAAUCAUGAAGUCCCCUUGGAAUCGAAUGUAAUCUACGGCAAAGCUUCAAGAAUUUCAUUUAGAGCAGCGAUUGAAUUCUUCAAACUGUCCACGUGGCGUAUGCGUUAUAUGCGCUAUACGAGUAUUCACUGGAGACAACAGUGCGGAUGAUUUAUUUUUUUCUGUUUUUUUUUGCUGGCCAACGAGCCGUAAAAAUUGCACGCUAACCACAAAUCUGCCCCAGAUUGAGUCCUUAAUUCAUCCUUUAUCCAUGCGGCCUCUCACCUGGCUGCAAUUUGCCCCAAAACUUUUGGCAAGUGCUCAAUUUCGUGGCACACAGCAGAUGCUGGAUGCUAAAUGCUCUGCAUGCCACCGAUGUUGACCUUUCGAGGCUGCCAAAACGCCAAAACGCCAAAAACGCUCACACAGACAGUCGAAAUUGAUGGAUGAGCCAGAUGGUAGAUGGUGGGUCCCUAUUCUGAUUUCGCUUUUGGUUUACACCGAGAUUGGCAACGUGUGAACUUCAAACUGUUGCCAAAAAUACACACAGCUCACGAAGGUACACGGAUAGCUAAUCAAAAUUGAUUAAAACACAUCGAUGACAGCGAGUUUUGUGCAGUGAAUGCCGGGUAAAUGGAAAACACACACAAAAUGGGGAAUGUGAUUAGAGCGGAGGUGUGCGGUGAGGUGUCAGCACAAUGCAGGUAGACCCAUCAAUCAAUUAGCAGGUGACAGGUGAACAAUAAAGCACUUGAAUACCUGAAUAACUAGGCCUAAAUCUAAAAACGAAACGGAAUUGGAAAUUUAAACAAAAAUUCAUCUUAGUUGUGGCAGUCGUUUCAGCAAUGGACGAGUCGUCUUUGCCCAAAUUGAGCAGUCAAGACGAAGAAGGGGGGGCUGGUCAUGGCUUUGGUGGCGGACCGCAACACUUUGAACCCAUUCCUCACGAUCAUGAUUUCUGCGAAAGAGUCGUUAUAAAUGUAAGCGGAUUAAGGUUUGAGACACAACUACGUACGUUAAAUCAAUUCCCGGACACGCUGCUUGGGGAUCCAGCUCGGAGAUUACGGUACUUUGACCCGCUUAGAAAUGAAUAUUUUUUUGACCGUAGUCGACCGAGCUUCGAUGCGAUUUUAUACUAUUAUCAGAGUGGUGGCCGACUACGGAGACCGGUCAAUGUCCCUUUAGACGUAUUUAGUGAAGAAAUAAAAUUUUAUGAAUUAGGUGAUCAAGCAAUUAAUAAAUUCAGAGAGGAUGAAGGCUUUAUUAAAGAGGAAGAAAGACCAUUACCGGAUAAUGAGAAGCAGAGAAAAGUCUGGCUGCUCUUCGAGUAUCCAGAGAGUUCGCAAGCCGCCAGAGUUGUAGCCAUAAUUAGUGUAUUUGUUAUAUUGCUAUCAAUUGUUAUAUUUUGUCUAGAAACAUUACCCGAAUUUAAGCAUUACAAGGUGUUCAAUACAACAACAAAUGGCACAAAAAUCGAGGAAGACGAGGUGCCUGACAUCACAGAUCCUUUCUUCCUUAUAGAAACGUUAUGUAUUAUUUGGUUUACAUUUGAACUAACUGUCAGGUUCCUCGCAUGUCCGAACAAAUUAAAUUUCUGCAGGGAUGUCAUGAAUGUUAUCGACAUAAUCGCCAUCAUUCCGUACUUUAUAACACUAGCGACUGUCGUUGCCGAAGAGGAGGAUACGUUAAAUCUUCCAAAAGCGCCAGUCAGUCCACAGGACAAGUCAUCGAAUCAGGCUAUGUCCUUGGCAAUAUUACGAGUGAUACGAUUAGUUCGAGUAUUUCGAAUAUUUAAGUUAUCUAGGCAUUCGAAGGGUUUACAAAUAUUAGGACGAACUCUGAAAGCCUCAAUGCGGGAAUUAGGUUUACUUAUAUUUUUCUUAUUUAUAGGCGUCGUACUCUUCUCAUCGGCGGUUUAUUUUGCGGAAGCUGGAAGCGAAAAUUCCUUCUUCAAGUCCAUACCCGAUGCAUUUUGGUGGGCGGUCGUUACCAUGACCACCGUUGGAUAUGGUGACAUGACACCCGUCGGCGUUUGGGGCAAGAUUGUGGGAUCACUUUGUGCCAUUGCUGGCGUGCUGACCAUCGCACUGCCGGUGCCGGUCAUCGUCAGCAAUUUCAACUACUUCUAUCACCGCGAAACGGAUCAGGAGGAGAUGCAGAGCCAGAACUUUAAUCACGUUACUAGUUGUCCAUAUUUGCCAGGUACAUUAGUAGGUCAACACAUGAAGAAAUCAUCGUUGUCUGAGUCCUCAUCGGAUAUGAUGGAUUUGGACGAUGGUGUCGAGUCCACGCCGGGAUUGACAGAAACGCAUCCUGGACGCAGUGCGGUGGCUCCAUUUUUGGGAGCACAGCAGCAGCAGCAGCAACAACCGGUAGCAUCCUCACUGUCGAUGUCGAUCGACAAGCAGCUGCAACAUCCACUGCAACAGCUAACGCAGACGCAACUGUACCAACAGCAGCAACAGCAGCAGCAAAACGGGUUCAAGCAGCAGCAGCAGCAGCAACAGACGCAGCAGCAGCUGCAGCAGCAACAGUCCCACACAAUAAACGCAAGCGCAGCAGCGGCAACGAGCGGCAGCGGCAGUAGCAACCUCACCAUGAGGCACAAUAAUGCCCUGGCCGUUAGUAUCGAGACCGACGUUUGACUACUGGUAGCACAUUCCAUUGCAGACAUCUCCUAGCGUAGUUUAGCUCUCUUGCCUACCUCCCCCCACAACCUCAAACCCCCCAAAAGAAAUGCAUACACAUAUCUCCGUGAGCACACACUAUAUCGCAGAUAUAGCGAUAAAUCGAGUGAGAAAAGUAAAAAGUAACGAGAGUACACUUAAAAAAGAAUACCCACACAACUUACUGAAAAUCUUGGAAAGUUGAAGUCCAAACAGGUUAAAUCCGGCCCCGGCAGUCAAAGCGAUGCUAGUGAUAAUCCAGCGAACGAAUCGCUUCAGCGCUCAGCCGCCUGCACCUGCUCAGCCGACGCUCCUGCGCUAUCCUGCUAUACCGUAACCGUUAUCGUUACCGUUACCGUUAUCGCUAUAUCAUUAACGCUAUCGCAACCAGAAAUGCCAGCAGCAGCAGCAGCAACUGCAGCAGCAGCAUCUGCAGCAUCUGCCGCAGCAACAACAUCAGCGUCUAGAACAACAACGAACAACUAGGAAGAUCUAACAGCCCACUCAAAUUGCUGAGGCUGUGCGGCUCCUGCUUCUGCUCCUAAGUCCCGUUUCCCUGUGCUUCCCGAUUCCGGUGCAUGUGCAAUCAGUUGCUGUAUCCAAUCGAAAUCGAAUAGCAAUCCAGCAAUCGAAAAUCGAUAUUGAGAUCGCGACAGUACCAGAAUCAGAUCGCGUCAAGCGCAAUCUGCCAGCAAAUUCAAAUCCAAGCAAAGCAAAUCAAAGCAAACAAAAAGCAAAAGCAAAGCAAUCCCAAAUCAAAAGCAAACAAAAAACAAAUUGCAAAACAAAAAAAAAAAAAGCAAGAAAUAUACACAACGGCGCACGCUUAGCACAUUUGCAUAAAAAAUACAACUUACUUGCUACCUCUACCUAUCUCCACAGCCAACACACCCAAAACUACACCCAACACACUCGAAACACACAGACACUAACACACAGGAAUGCAUACACCAACUAAGGAGUUAAAACGAAACUUUUUUGGCUUUUCUACUCACUUUGAACACGUUUUUUCUCUCGCUUUGAUUUUGAUUUCGUUCCUUGACUCGAGUACUCGAAUGAGCAUUAUAUCAGCAACUACUCUUUGCCUAAUUACGAUCGCUUAACUAUACCUAAUCUCUAUGUUACGAACACAUCAAAAAGAACAUGUCCCAAUCAAAAAAAAAAAAAACAAACAAACACACACCCACUGCUGCACGGCAAUUUGGCUGCUUGGUCGGGAGAAUUGCCGAGCAGCUUUAUCCACUCAUCAGCCAUUCGCCAUGAUCAUCCUAAAAGAGAAAAGAAAACAAAAUUUUAAGCACACACACACAGUCAUGACAAAUUAUUAAAUCAUGCACACAAAAGUACAGUCAGUUCAAAACAUACAGUCAGACAGUCUAAACAGACGAUCCCAAGCCAGUGGAGGCGGACAAGCUCCGUACGACGACGAGGAAGAAGAAUAAGACGAGAUGAACCAGACGAAGUAUAAGCGGAAAGAGAAGAAAAUGAAGAAUAUGAAGAAGACGAAGUCCAGACGCUCUAGCUAUGUGUCUCCCUCCCACCUCCGCGCCCCACCGCUGUGUCAGUGUGUGUGUGUGUGUGCCGAAGCAGUCGGCGGAUGGCUACUUUUGCUAUUCCUCCCCGUUAACCGAUCGCCGAUCCCUGAACGAAGGAUCGACGAGGAUCGGUUCGAUUUGCUUUGGUUUUUCCACACAUCUCUAUCUAUGUAUAUUCAUUUUGUGUCAAGUUUAACAGCGACGACGCCAAACGCCGGCACAUUUUGUUUAUUCCAUUUGGCAAUAAGUACGCUUCGGUUUUUUGUUAGCCAAAUCAACCCGCAAUCCACCCCAUCAAUCUAUAUGUAUAAGUAUGCAUAGUAUGCCACCAUGAUUUCGUCAUCUUGAUUUUUGAAAUUAAUUUACGGUUUCGACUUUGGUUUUGAUUUGAGUUCAUACUUACCCACCCACCCAGUUGGUUGUUGUAACCAACGAAUUGCUUUCGAUGUUUGCAUACAAAUACUUAUACGAAUACCAUUAACCAGAACAAUAACAAUAACAAUACCAACCCUAAACCUAAACCUAUAUAUACCACUACCUAGUUGAGCUUAUAGUUUUGACUUUUGCUUUCCCCUGAGUUGAGUUAUCGCUUUCCCACCUGCCUCCCCAUCCACGGAUACUUACUCGAACGUCUCCAGCCAACCAUUUGUAAACCCAACUCGUAUCGCUUCGUUUAAGUAACCCAUAUGUAUCUGUUGUGACACGUUUUUUUCUUUUUUGCGUUUUUUAACAAGUUUUUAACACUUUAGUUGGGCCCCGGAGCCACGAGCUCGGGACCCCAAAUCUAAGCCACUAUCUAGAAUAGUAUAUCGAAUAUAUUAAAACUUAUAACUCAUUUCUACUUGUUUGUUUUUUUACCACCUGAUUUACAUACUGCGUUCUUCUUCUACGUUCUUCUUCAUACCAAUACCAAAUCAAAAACCAACAAAACACACCAAAUUCAAUUGACUUUGAAACGAAUUUGCAUAUUUAAACACGGAUCGGAUCGAAUCGAAUCGAAACGAAACGAAUGAAAUCGAAUCGAUUUAAAUAUACAAACCAAUUCAAACUCGAACACACCCAACUACAAUGACCAUUGACAAACAUGAAUCGAAUCCACAAAUAUUGCCAUUAAACAAACGAAUGCAUUCAACAAAAAUGCAUCCAGGCCCGUCGGCUUCUGGGGCAAAAUUGUCGGCUCUUUGUGCGUGAUCGCUGGUGUGCUGACAAUCGCACUGCCGGUACCGGUUAUCGUCAGUAAUUUCAAUUACUUCUAUCACCGCGAAACGGAUCAGGAGGAGAUGCAGAGCC